GCAUCGUCGCCCACAUGAUUCGCCGACUCGCCCACUCGCACUUGCUUCUGCUCUGAGCGUGCAGAUGAAGCACUCCGGUUUGUUAUCGUUUUUUCGGGGCUGACCCCAUUUUUUUCCCGGCGAAAAGCGAAAAAUUUCGAAUGCUGCAGACGCUCACUUCAUAGGCCGAUGUACGGAGCGAGUCGUCUGCUUGGCACAAAUACCAGUGUUGUUUCUGUUACGACACCGUGAAUAUGGUGCGCAGCAUGAACGUGAAAACGUACAACGUCGCGAUCCUGGGAUUCGCCUUUAUGUUCAUCUUCACAGCGUUUCAAACAGGCGGUCUUAUCCAGAAAGUAGUGCUUGAUAGCAUCCAGAAAGAAGAUCCCAAUUACAAGGGCGAUGGCUACGUCAGCCUCGCAGUUAUUUACUCGGCAUUUGCCAUCGCCAAUUGGUUGGCCCCCUCGUUCAUUGGAUUUCUUGGCCCUAAGAUCACCAUGCUUAUUGGCGCAGUCACCUACAACAUCUACAUAGCCCAGUUCCUGUUUCCUGUUACAUGGGGCCUGUACGUUGCUUCGGUUGCCAUUGGCGUCGGGGCUGCCUUCAUCUGGACCGGGCAGGGGAACUUCCUGACCAUAAAUUCCGACAGUACCACAAUGUCUCGCAACAGCGGUAUCUUCUGGGCGAUGCUGCAGUGCAGCCUGAUAUGGGGCAACAUAUUUGUCUUCAUCCAAUUCCAAGGGUUGUCGCACAUUGACCACCACACACGGACGGUCGUGUUCGGAGGCCUCACGGCCGUCGGCAUCCUGGGCAUGCUUCUUCUGUUGGUCCUACGUGGCGGGGGACGUCCUGGAAAGGACCCGAGUCCUAGCAAUUCGGAUGAUGCCACUUCUCCAGCAGCUGCUAACGACUUCAUUCAAGCGUUUGUGACGUCUCUGAAGAUGUUCAAGUCACGAAAGAUGCUUAUUCUGAGCUUUGUCUUCUUCUAUACCGGACUGGAGCUGUCCUUCUUCAGCGGCGUCUACGGCGCAUGUCUAGGAUUCACCAAGAGUUUUGGAUCUGAUUCUUCAAAAUUCUUGGGCAUCAACGGCCUGCUCAUCGGUCUGGGCGAGAUCACAGGUGGCCUGGCAUUCAGCAUCCUGGGCAAGAAGACGAAUAGAGCGGGACGAGAUCCGAUAGUCCUCCUGGGUUACCUGGUACACAUGGUGUCUUUUUACACCAUUUUCAUCAACCUCCCCGCAACGUCCCCUCUCGGGGAUACCCUGGAUCCCGCAUACAUCACGAGCAAUUUGACAUUGGCUCUCGUAGGUAGCUUCUUACUAGGCCUUGGUGACAGCUGCUACAACACGCAGAUUUAUUCUCUACUAGGGAACGUCUACGCUGAUGACAGUGCACCAGCUUUUGCCAUAUUCAAAUUCAUGCAGGCGCUAGCAGCAGCUGCAGCCUUCUAUUACUCCAACUACCUGUUGCUGCCCUACCAGCUGCUCAUUUUAGUGGUGUCAGCCACAGUGGGGACGUUCUGCUUCUGGCACGUGGAGUGGGAGACGUAUGUCACUUCAAAACAGCACCGCGUUUCCAGUAGCAUACAAGAGCCUGCGCUGACGUGAAACGUAGCAAGCACGAAGCAUUAGGAGUUACUGCAGUAUAAAAGGCAUAUGCCAUGACUGUUCCUCUGCAUACAAGCUCAUCUCACCAUUCGUGGAUGAUGACAGUCCUCAAAAGACUCUAAAUACUACUGCUAUCCAACCACUGUUAUAGACAUUUUUUUUUCCACUGAAGCCACUGGAUCUAGCGGAGGGCACUGUUCCAUGUAGCCACAUCAUGCCACUCUUUGAUGGCAACCCUGUUGUUGGAUGUUCAGCAAAAUUCAAAUGAGCUGCACCCGCUUUAAUCAGCAAGAUCUAUCAAAAUGGCUCAAAUCCCUGCAGGUGUUGGGUGGGAAUUUUUAUGGAAGCCUCAUAAUUUAUUGAUUUUUAAAGCCUGCACCCUUUUAGCAAUAUCUUUUGUCAUGUCAUCGCACUUACACGACACUUGAAUGAUUCCCUUUAUGUUUUGUUCAUGUAGCUUUCCGCAACUUGUGUCCGGUGGCUUAGUCGAACCGUUCAAAGGUUCACUGAAGCUGCCGCACGUCUUAUGUUUCAGUUUGAGUGAAAACUGUGCAGUAGCAAGAUGCAGUUUAGUCUGACUUCACCCAUGGCUGCCUUUAAUUGUUGCCGUCGGGCACAUACCGGAUGGAAAUUAUGUGUCAUACAGUGUAUGUUAAACCAUUCCCAUUAUUGUGUUGAGCUGUACAUAUGGUGCACAUUACUUUGUAUAAUAUUUUUUCUAUAUGUACAUGGAAAUGGAAGGACGGCACAAAUAAAAUUGUGGGGACACUUUUA